CCUGUCCGGGCACAGCCCUGGAGCAGCGGCCCCGAGGCCACAGAGGCGGCGGCACCGGCGGCAUGAGCGGAUACCAGCUGCCAGUGGUGAUCGACAACGGCUCUGAAAUGAUCAAGGCGGGCCUGGCUGGGACCCGGGAGCCCCAGUUCGUUUACCCGAACAUUCUAGGACGGACCAAGGGCCACAACACUGCGGUGGACUGCGCGCUGGAGCUGUGUGUGGGUGACCAAGCGCAGGAGCGCAGGAGCUUCUUGUCCAUCAGCUAUCCCGUGGACCGGGGCCUCAUUUCUUCCUGGGGGGACAUGGAGACCAUGUGGAAGCAUAUUUAUGACUACAACCUGAGCAUGAAGCCCAGUGAUGGCCCAGUCUUAGUCACAGAGCCGGCACUGAACCCACUGGCAAAUCGGCAGCGCAUCUCUGAAGUGUUUUUUGAAAACCUGGGAGUUCCUGCCUUCUAUCUGUCUGUCCAGGCUGUACUGGCGCUCUUUGCUGCUGGCUUCACCACUGGCCUGGUGCUGAAUUCAGGGGCUGGGAUUACUCAGUGUGUGCCUGUCUUUGAGGGUUACUGUCUAACUCAUGGUGUGAAGCAGCUAAAUGUGGCAGGGCUUGACCUCACCAACUACCUCAUGAUGUUGCUGAAGGACGAUGGUGUCAUGCUGCUCAGAACUGGGGACAGGAAGAUCAUUACAGACAUUAAGGAGAAUAUUUGUUAUGUGGCAAUGAAUUAUGAGGAGGAAAUGGCCAAGGAACCGGGCCUAGAAAAAGUGUACACACUUCCUGAUGGGAAGACACUCAGACUCCAUAACCAGGUCUUUCGUUGCCCAGAGGCUCUCUUCUCUCCAUGGCUUGUGAAUGUCGAUGCUCCUGGCAUAGAUAAGAUGUGCUUCAGCAGCAUAAUGAGAUGUGAUACAGAUCUCAGGAAUUCCUUCUUCUCCAAUAUUAUCCUUGCUGGAGGAUCCACCUCUUUUCCUGGUUUGGAUAAGCGACUCAUUAGGGAUGUGGCCAAGGUGGCACCUGCCAAUACCGCUGUACAGGUUAUAGCUCCCCCAGAAAGGAAAAUAUCAGUGUGGAUGGGGGGCUCUAUUCUUGCAUCCUUGUCUGCCUUCCAAGACAUGUGGAUCACUGCUGCAGAAUUUGAAGAAGUUGGACCCAAUAUAGUACACCAAAGAUGCUUCUGAAAUGCAGACGAAACAAUGAGUAAAACAUGUUUUGAGUAUACACAA